GACGGAAGUAUAGUUUCUGACAAAGAAUGGCGAUAUUGUCGUUUCAAUAACAGACCCCUUAUUUUCAGAGUACUUAACGCCCGAUUCUUAGGACGCGACGCGAACUUUUCACGCAAUUAAGGAAACUUUUCAUAUAGUAACGUGGUGCAAUGAAUUCAAGCCUUGUUAUUGAUUUUAAGCGACAAAAUCGGAUUUGAAUCUCUUCUACCGAGGAAGAAAUCCAACCUUCAAUUUUAUUCUCAAAUAAGAAACACAAAUUACUUGGAUUUCUUUAGAAGGAAAUAUAACAAUAUUUUCAAAAGAAAUAUUCGAAUUUCUCUUUUUCCUCGGAUGAACUUUCAAACAAUUUCCUCGAAUAAUUCAUCGACAAUAGUAAUAAUAAAUGCUAUUAUUAAUUUCAAUUUGAUCGAUAAGCAUAAACGAUUAUUUUAGAUUUGUUCCGAGUCACAACAAAUGACAGAUUAAAGUUCUUCCUAAUGAUCGUACAAUUUCUUUGAAUCCGAAAUCGAAAGUGUAGAAGCAAGUUUUUAAAGGCUGUAUUGUUUACUUCCUUCGAAUCAUUUUCAACGGACGAAAUGGUGCCGACGAUGCCGCCUGAUUCGCAUAAAAUCUCACUGAAAAUUAUCGAAGCGAUAAAACAACAUCCAGUUUUGUAUAGUGCCGAAGUAAAGGGUUCUUCGGUUAAGCUUCAAGAGUUCCGGCAAAAGGUUUGGAAGAGGAUUUCCGAUGAACUUGGUCUUGAUCCCACCUGGGUAAGACUGAGAUGGAAAAAUUUAAGGGACACCUAUUGUCGCAUACUUAAGUAUAAAAAUAAAACAGAGAAGGGAGUUCGUAGGAAAAAAUGGAUUUUUGAGGAUCACCUUAGUUUCUUAAAAUUUCCAUAUGAGUCUGAUUAUCAGCCUCAAAGCAUAGAAUUAACGGAAGACUAUAUUCAGGACAUUAAUGCUGGUGGAAUCAGUUCUGAAGGUCUUUUGGAACAAUUGGAAGAUCGUAACGAUGAAGAUUACAGUGAAUAUUUGGAGGUCCUGGAAGAAACAACUGCCGAUCCGAUCUUAGAUCGUGAAUCUAUAGAACUAACCGAUAAUGGAGAUGGUACAGUAAAGAGUGUGAUAACAGAAGAAACAAUGUCACAUGAUAUUGACAUGUACGCGCAACAAAUUCAAUCAAAAUACAGAAAAAUAAGGCCAAAAAAAAUGAAAGUUGAACCAGUAGAAGUGCCUACAACUUACAGUAUCUUAAAAACUUCAGCUUUCAAGAAUAGAGCAGUUGAUACGCCAAUUUUUGUUUCCACACCAGUCGCGAACAAUCCAAACAAAAAUGUUUCAACAGAUGAUACACAGAGUAAUUAUGAUCAAGUUUAUUUAGCUCCAGAAGGAAAAAGCAGUAUAGAACUAUUUUUCGAUAGCAUGGCACAAACUGUUAAGCGACUUCCACCUAAAGCACAAGCAGAUAUCAAAAUGAAUAUCUGUAAAAUUGUAACAGAAGCAGAACUCAGAUAUUCUGGACGUAAUACACCACAAAGUACUCAACAAUUUAUUGCACCGCCUGGAAUGAUUCCAAAGUUAGUUCUUAUACCGUGUAAUAUGAUUGAUAGGCAAACUAAUAAGGGUUGACAAUAUUUUAAAUAUUAGUUUCUUCUCAAUCAAGAGUUAUUGUGAUAUAUUGUAAAUUAAUAGAAGAUGAGAAGAUCAUAAUGAUAUUGGUAAAGAAGAAGGGCAACAACUGCAGCAAUGAAAGUGUUCUAAUAAAGACAAUUUUUAUAAUUAGUGUGGUGUUUCCUGUUUUGUAACAUAAAUCAAUGAAA